AUAGAAGAACAAUAAGCUUCAAACACACACAACCACAUCGUCAUAUUCAUCGUCCAAACACUCUCCGACACUUCAACAUCUCGUGUUCUUCCUCUAGAAACCUCUUCCGCACCACCGUGGAAUUUUCCUGCUCUUGUAACACAAAACACACUCUCUGCUUCUGAUAUAAUUUACGCUUGUCCUUGUCAUCGUGCUUCUUCAAGAUAGGGUUUGCACUUUUUAGUCACUACUAUCCAUGACCAGGUACAUAAAGUACUGUGUUAGUUCUGAUGUUCAUCAAUUAUUACCGACUUUUUAACUAGUAAGGGUUAGUGAUUGUUGAGUCAAUGGAAGGUGUUGAUCAAAGUAACAUGAAUCGAAAUAGUUCUGCAUUUGGUUCAUCAUCAGGAGCAAAUCUCAGACCCUCAAAUCGAUUGAAUGCUGUUGAGAAUCAGAAACCCUAUGGUAUACCACCCUCACACCCCAAUACCAAUGUUUCACCUUCAUCGCCUUAUCCCCAAUUUUUUGGCUCUCAAUCCCAGUCCAAUUCUGUUUCUCAGCGUUUAGGUUCUCCCAAUUUGAGCCCUGCAUCAUCCCAUGCUAGGUCUUUGUCUCAGCCCUCAUUUUUCUCUCUGGAUUCCUUGCCCCCUUUGAGUCCUUCCCCUUAUAAAGAGCCCUUGGCAGCCACCUCCUUUUCUGACACAAUUUCAACUGAUGUUUCUGUGGAGGAAAGCUUGGGUACCUCUCAUGCCCCUUCCUCUAACCGUGGCCAUGCUCUUCAGCUUGGCCAUUCUCUCCCCCCGCGUAAAGGGCAUAGGCGCUCUAGCAGUGAUUCCCCUUUAGGAAUCUCUGAUUAUAUUCAGUCUGUCCCCCAGUUGGUCCCCACCAGGGCUUGGAAUGAUCGUGAAAAUUUGGCUUCUAGGGGAGGAAACUCUGGAUUUGAGAAGCCGAUUCAGUUGGUGUUAAAGGAACCAUUUAAGGAUAUGGACCGUGUUGAUGGCUUUAGUGGAGAACAUAUGGAUGUGAGGAAAGAGGAUGAUUCACUGGAUGAUUUGUUUAGUGCAUAUAUGAAUUUGGACAAUAUUGAUGGUCUGAAUUUUUCUGGUGUGGAAGAUAAGGAUUUGGAUAGCAGAACUAGUGGUUCUAAGACAGUUGAAAGCAGUGACAACGAAGUUGAGAGCCAUGCAAAUGGAAAGGCAACUGGUGCUCAAGGGGCUAGUUCAAGCUGUUCGGAAGAGAGGAGGGAAGGAGUGAAGAGGAGUUCUAAUGGAGAUAUUGCACCUGGUUCUCGACACCGGAGAAGUUUCUCAUUAGACAGCUCCAUAGGAAAUUUUUGUAUUGGAGAUGAGUCACCUAAGCUUCCUCCUUUGCAAAACCGAGUUGGUCAACACUCGCCUAGCAAUUCCAUAGAUGGUAAGCCAUCUGAAACAAGCAUUGAGUUUGGAAAUGGUGAAUUCAGCUCUGAGGAGCUAAAGAAAAUAAAGGAAAAUGAUAAGCUUGCUGAAAUUGCCAUGGCCGAUCCUAAGCGUGCAAAAAGGAUUUUGGCUAAUCGUCUAUCUGCUGCUCGCUCAAAAGAGCGAAAGAUGCGAUACAUUUCUGAAUUGGAGCUUAAGGUCCAAACACUUCAGACAGAGACAACCACAUUAUCUACUCAGUUUACCAAAUUACAGAUGGAUAAUUCAGAGCUUAAAAGUGAGAAUAAUGAGUACAAAUUGAGGAUUCAAGCCUUGGAACAGCAGUCCCAACUGAAAGAUGCUCUGAAUGAGACAUUGGAUGCUGAAGUGAGGCGUUUAAGACGUACUGUUGCAGAACUUGGUGGAGAGUCCCUCCUCUCAAGUCGCAUGGCUCAACAGCUUUCUAUUAGCCAACAAAUGUUCCAGUUACAGCACCAGCAGCACCCGGGCCAGAUUAGACAAGUUCAACUGCACAAUAGCCAUUCACAGGAACAGACACAGACUCAGUCACAGCUCCACAAUGGAAAAACUACUGCCUAUUGAUCACAUUGAUUGUACAUAAGCAUUCUACUGCCAUGUAUACUCGAUGUUUGUGAUAGAUAUGAACGAGAAUAAUAUCUUGCAUGACCAAGCUCAAGUGAAAAAGGACUCAAUUCUAGACAACCCAUUAACAAAAGAAAACUUCAAAAGAUACAAGAAGUAAAAGGAGUCCAUGUCAAUGCAAUUCUUACCCAGUAAGGUUGUUGUUUUACUUGUGCAAGGCCAAGAAAUUUAGAAUUGUUGAUUUUAUUACCUAGAUUUCGAGUUAUUAUAUGUAAAUUUAAUAUGAUCUGAGAUUGAUUUCAUUAAGAUUUAUGAUUGAUUGUAUUAGAAUUUAUUUUAA